AUGCAGCGCUUCAGGGAGAGCAUCCACAUACGCACCAUGAAGGCCAAGAGGAAAGUGGAGGAGAUAUCCAAGGAGGAUGUCCAGGCCUUCCUGAAGAAGCACGCCUUUGUCCUUUUCACUGUGGCUGCGGUCAUAAUAGGCAUAAUACUGGGCUUUGCGCUGCGUCCGUAUAAGAUGUCGUACCGGGAGGUGAAGUACUUCUCCUUCCCCGGAGAGCUGCUGAUGAGGAUGCUGCAGAUGCUGGUGCUGCCCCUGCUAGUCUCCAGCCUCAUCACAGGAAUGGCUGCCUUGGACAGCAAGGCCUCGGGGAAGAUGGGCAUGAGAGCCGUCAUGUACUACAUGACCACCACCAUCAUCGCCGUCUUCGUGGGCAUCCUGGUCGUCCUCAUCAUCCACCCGGGUAAAGGAUCCAAGGCCGAGUUUGGGAAACAGCAGAAGAUCGAGCAAGUCAGCCCCAUAGACGCCUUCCUGGAUCUCAUCAGAAACAUGUUUCCACCGAACUUGGUCCAAGCCUGCACACAGCAGUUCAAAACCAAAUACGGGAAGCGCGUCGUCACGGUAACGAUGAUGGUCAACGACAGCGUCUUCAACCUGACCAACGCCACGCAGGAGCUGAGCCGGGAGGAGGUGAUCCCCGUGCCGGGGUCGGUGAGCGGGGUGAACGCCCUGGGCCUGGUGGUGUUCUCCAUGGGGUUCGGGCUCAUCAUCGGGAGCAUGAAGGAGCAGGGCCAGGUGCUCAGGGACUUCUUCGACAGCCUGAACGAAGCCAUCAUGAAGCUGGUGGCCAUGAUCAUGUGGUAUGCCCCUAUAGGCAUCUUGUUCCUGAUAUCUGGGAAGAUCGUGGAGAUGGACGACAUCACCCAGAUGGGAGGCCAGCUGGCCAUGUACACCAUCACGGUCAUCAUUGGCCUGCUGAUCCACGGCGUGCUCAUCCUGCCCCUCCUGUACUUCGCCAUCACGCGGCUCAACCCCUUCCUCUUCAUCGCCGGCCUGUUGCAGGCCCUCAUCACCGCCCUGGGGACCUCCUCCAGCUCCGCGACUCUGCCCGUUACGUUCAAAUGCCUGGAGGAGAACAACAAGGUGGACAAGCGCGUGACACGGUUUGUGCUGCCGGUAGGCGCCACCAUCAACAUGGAUGGGACGGCCCUGUACGAGGCUCUGGCGGCCAUCUUCAUCGCCCAGGUCAACGAUGUGGAAAUGAACUUCGGUCAGAUCCUCACAAUAAGCAUCACAGCCACGGCCGCCAGCAUCGGGGCUGCUGGGAUCCCGCAGGCUGGUCUGGUCACCAUGGUGAUCGUGUUGACCUCCGUCGGACUUCCCACCGAUGACAUCACCCUCAUCAUUGCUGUCGAUUGGUUCCUUGACCGCCUGCGCACAACCACCAACGUGCUGGGGGACUCCAUCGGAGCCGGCAUCGUGGAGUUUCUGUCCAGACACGAACUGCAGAGCAAAGACGUGGAGAUGGGUAACGCCGUGCUGGAGGAGAAAGAGAGGAAGAAACCGUAUCGGCUCAUCUCUCAGGAGAACGACUACGAUAAUGAAAAACAUCGUCACGGCGACACCAAGAUGUAGGCCUCUCCUUGGUUCCGGAACUUUUCAGAUUGUAAACAACACAGCGUUGUGUGUCCUAGUACUAACCUGCUGGUGUUUUUCUCUCGUUGCUUAUUGUGGUUAUUUUGUAAUGAUAAAUGUUAGGGUUUCUUUCGUUGUGUUUAUGGUGGUUUUCCGUGUAGUCACUGCAUUAUUAUUCAUGCAAGCGAGUCAUUUCAUAACAUCGAAAUUCGAGUGUCAACUUAAAUUUCUAAGUGUUGUCAUAUUAAAGUGACUUAUCCAAGAUAUGAACACUCUCAUCAAUACAGAACAAACAUAGGCCUUUUCCCAAUGUAGAGGUUUGUGUCAUUUGAAAGGUUUCUCGACAUGUAUGUGUGUGUGUGUGUGUGUGUGUGUUAAUUAAGCCACACUUAAUAAUAUGCUGGCUAUUUUGAAGGAAAGAAAGUUAA